CAGCAAGAGCAAAACAAGAAGUUGAAUGAAAAUGGAGAUUGCCCUUGUUGCAAACGUCCCACGUGCCUCAUUGUCUUUUGAUUUGACUGCUCACAAUAAUGCAUUACAACUGAAUAUGGAAGAGUUAAAAGUAUUCCUCUCCGCUAACAUUAAAAUUGAGGAAAGGGAAGAGAAAAGAGAGGUGUGCGAUAUAACAUAUCUUGAAAGUGGGCACGAAGAGACUUGGGAUUAUUCAGUCAUCAUAUAUGGCUUUGAGUUUAGAUACUUGGGCAGAACUAAGUUGGUUGAGUUAAGUUUCUGGGAUGGUUCCUCUCAGUUAAGGCCUUGGAAAUCCGACAUUUGUACAAGCAAUGAGAGCCCCUUGUCCUUUUUUUUCAGACUGGAGAUAGAGGGAAUAGUUCAAAGGAAAGAAGGUAAUACUAGGAUUAAAAAUGGACUUUUGACGCUGAAAGCAGAGGUGACUCUGAAUUCUAAGUCUGCAAGGCAUUUACCUCUUAAACAGUUGAUGCCAGAUGAGUCAUCAAAUUCGGUGUCUUCAUCUCUAAAAUCUGCUGUAGAAAUCCUCAACAAUAAACUGCCAGAGGAUGAGGACACAAUAAAUGGAAUACAGUUAGAAACAUUUGAGUGUUUUGAAUCUGUAGAGCCUCUAUCAAUUACGGUUCCUUCAUCUCCACAAAAUGCUGAAGAAAUCCUCUACAAUAAAAUGCCAGAAGAAGAGGACACGAUGAAUGACACCAAUUUAGAAGGAACAGAGUGUUAUAUCCAAGAAGGGUUUGGGACACUGAACACAGACAAAAAGCCAGAUAAAGAGUUCAUCAUGAAGAAUGAAAAUAAAAAUGAAAACACAUCAGAAAGAUCAAAGUAUGGAGCAGCAAAGUCUUAUGAAGACUUUCCAUUCUUCCACCAGAAAUUGAUUUGGCUAUUUCAGCUUCCAAUAGCUGUAGUUGUAGCAAUCAUCAUUGGAUAUUUUUCCAUACUGACUCAUUCCAUGCAACAUGUAUUAGUACCAAUCAUUUUGGUGAUCUCUAGGUCAUACGCAGAGCCGUGUAUACCAGAGGCUACACUUGAAGUUGGAAAUGUUACUCCUCUCAAACCUUGUGAAACGUGUGAUUUCUACAAACUCAACUGCCAAGGCAAUAAUAUAUCUGUGUGCUUGAAUAUUUUCCCGACUACACAAUUUGCAGUAGGAUGUGCUCCAAAUAUCUGCAUAAAUGAUGGAUGCCCUGAGUGGAAUGGGGGAAAGGGAUCAUACAAAAUUCAAUACAGAAAUGGAGAGUGUGGUUCCACUUGCCCAGGGCAUUUUAGUCUUGCUGAGUGGAUCAAAAACUGCACCAUAUCACCACCCCCCUCAUUUGGAGCCAACUGUCUUUUAACAACAUCUGGAGGAAAAGGAUCUGAUCAUGUUACAAUAAUCGUAGCUAGUUUCUUAGUAGCUGUAGUGGGAAUAGUAGUAGUAGUAGGACUUCUGAUCCUUCGAAAAAAGAAGCUAUUGUGCUUCAAAAAUAGAGGACGCGGUGAGGAAAGUGUACCAGAAGGUGAAAAUUUAAAUCCAAGUAGGAAGUAGAUCUUCUGAUAUGCAUGUUUGAUGCUGUUUGUGCUAUAAACCAUGCGAGAUGUAAUCUGGUAUAAAAUAUUUCCAGGGUCUGGACCAUCAGUUGUUAAAUGAUGAAAUUUUAUGAAUUUCUGAAUCAACAACAUUUUAAUGGUGGACCAAUAGUAACGAUUUUAGAUCGACUCGUGGAAUUUUUGAAUCAUGCAUCGUUCAUUGAAUGAUUACUAGUAUUUUCCAAGUUUAUAUGUAUUUUAUUUUUCACUUCUUAGGAGAAAAAACUCUAAGAAUUAUACACUUUUCUAAACUUGUGACAUGAUAUUAAGUCUCUUUCAAAGACAAAAAUUGGAGGUGCACAUUUUGUAACAAUGAUUCUUUGGAAAAUUCGGUGGUAAAAGCGAAGCAUAACAGACGGAUGGAUAGACGGACGUAAAGCUAGACGGACAGAUAUUCAUUAUCAUUUAAGACCUACCUGCUUUUCAAACUGGGAAGUCCAUAAAACAAACGCCUGGGACAUUACUGCAUAAAAGGAAAGUUGAGAAGUUGAAUUCAUUUGUCAUUCAGUGUAUUUGUUAGUUAGCCAUAUUUUUUUUAAUUCAGUAAAUAUUUAGGUUUGAAACAGGUAUUUCAGGCUUUGAUACGAUUUAACUAUUGUUGACUAUAUUUAUAUAAUAGUGUUGC